GCCGGGCUCGCGGCGGAAGCGGCGCCGAGGGAGUUGGCGUGUCCGCAGCCGGCUGCACCAUGUCGAAGGUGUCCUUCAAGAUCACGCUCACGUCCGACCCGCGGCUGCCCUACAAAGUACUCAGUGUUCCGGAAAGUACCCCUUUCACAGCAGUUCUAAAGUUUGCAGCAGAAGAAUUUAAAGUUCCUGCAGCCACAAGUGCAAUUAUUACCAAUGAUGGGAUAGGAAUAAAUCCUGCCCAGACCGCUGUGAACAAAAUGAAGUCUGAGGAGUCAAACAGAAGAACCUAGAAUAUGUGGCAGAAUCUUGGCAAGUAUCCAUUCCGCUGCUCGUUCUCUAGCUGAGUGCAAAAUGCUGCCUGACACUGUUUCACUGACUUGUGUAAAGCUUCCUUUUAAAGGGUUUCAGACUUAGAUUUUUUGGAUAUUUUGAUUCUUAAAAUUAAUUAUUUGAAAGAAAAGGCAAUGGGAAGAAACUGAGUCUGUGUAAGUUCCCCUUCCCCAAAUUAAGAUAUUAAAAGUACCUUUUACCUAAGGAUCAUGAAAUAUUUGUGACAUGGAAGCAUCAAUAUACUUUAGUGGACUAAUUCUAAGUAAGCUCACUUGAAUGUUCUCAAAUCUAUUUAUAAAACUGAA